CGGCGAUAGGUGGUGUUACAUAAUGCAUUUCCUUCGAGCACUUGCAUAUUCUAUUUCAUCUAUCUAACCGUAGCCGAGUUCUCUAGCCGCGGAGGUUACCUACCUAGGUUUAGUAGGUAGGUACUGUAAAUCUGUGAGCUGUCACCUGUAGUCGAAAUGAGUGGAGAGACUUAGUCGACUCCCGUUACUGAACUGACGCUGUUUGUGGCUUCGGAAGAGGCGUUCGCCUUUUGUUUGACGAUGGGGUCCAACUGCAAUGGCGAGUGAGGUCCUUGGGAGCGAGUUCUUGUUUCUGCGGAACUACACUUGGAGGGUGCGCAAGUGAGCGUGUUUCGGCUGACAACCUUGGAAUCGUUCGUCUGCGGGUAGGUAGGCCCUGUAAGCUGAAAUCACUGCUUACUAGGUUCCAAGGUUGGUAUGCAGGUGUUUAUCAAAGCAACUAUUUCUUUUAAAAACAAAACAUGUGUUGAUUUUGCCGUUACAUUAAUGACUAUGAGAAAUCUGUCUAUGGAAACGACGUUCUUUCACCUGAUUCCUUUGCUAUUAACAGCUGCACUUAGGUAUAUAGCUAGGGCGCAUCAAGGCAUAUAAUCUAACACUGUCCGCAUCAUUAGCAAAUAUGGUCCGCUCUAUGCUUUUCCUCGUCUCCGCAAUAGUGGUGGUGGGAGCUGCUUUGGUGGCUUCCCAACGUACAAGUCCAUCCGUGCGGGACGUGUGUCUCUCCCAAGACAGUCCCAAUCAACAUGCCACAAGCUAUCCAGACUUCAUAUCUGGGAACCUGAAUGGUACCCUACUCAUUAUCCCUAUCCCACUCGAUGCUGCUCGUCAAGUCAUACCCAAGGAGUAUGGGAUUGUGGAGGGGGCAUAUAGAGCGCUAUUGCCUUCGUUUCCUCGUGGGAUGUAUCCAAUGAUGGCACAGAUUGUGCAUGACCACGAUCUACAAAUUGCUUCUUACAAUAUUUCCGUGGAGGACUUCUCGGUACGUAUUAUGACCUAUUUUGUUUAUUCGUGUACCAGUCCCGACUCACCUACCCGUGUCCAGCGCGCAGCAUUCGAAUUCCCUUUUAUCGACUUACUCGGCGAUGGCCACUCUUCUUUCCGCUGGGCCGGGACUAGUAUCAUUACCGCUUUGAACCCUAGCGCUAUUGAAGGGAGCGAAGGCUACGGAGUGACGGUGCAUCCAGGUGUAUUCGAUCCGCCCUGUGAUCCAUACAGGAGUUUGCCUAACGGCACGAUGUAUUCACAUGCACAGAGCAGCAGCAGCACAGGUGACAUCUUUAUGACAAUUGCUUCCUGGACAUCGCUAGACACCAUACCGUACCCCAUGGACUUUAUUCAGAAUAUCACCACCCAGCCUGUCUUCGCCGAUCCACAGCUUUGUGAUAAUUACCUGCGGCUGUAUAACACGACGCUUACGACGGGGGAGACGGCUCCAGUCCCAGUUAGAGGAACGGUUACUGCGAAGCUUGAGCCGUUCGCUGACACGCGUGUCUGGCAAGGCGUGUAUGGUUGGCGCUUGGCUACCCCCUUUUUGGAGCCGCUAGCGCCUUCUGAGUGUAAAGCGUCUUGAAAACAUGAGUAGGUACCUAUUUACUCACUGAGUGAUAUAUACUACGAUGACAUAUCGCGGAUGAUAUAGCGGCGUGCGGUGCGGUGCUAUCCUGAACCCCUAUUCUGGUAGCGG